AUAGGAAACGUCAAUGGUUGAAGAAAGACAUAUAUUUUCAUUUUUAGUUGUUAGUCAGAGUUACAUAGGAACGCAAAAGUUGUUUUUCAUCGUAAUAUAAACAUUUUUUCUGAAUCAUUUUGUUUAUUUGCACGAAUAUUUGUGAUAGAUUAAAUUGAAUUAAACGUUGAUUCGACAUUUUUCGGCCAUUUGAAAAUUAAAACGUGGUGGAAAAAAAGUCAAAUCACAUAGAAAGUUUAUCGCCUACAGAAUUCACUGCGAACGAAUAUAGCGAGAAAGAUAGAGAGAAAUUGUUGUGCUUUUUUUUAUAAUAAAACGGUGAACUGUAAUAAAUAAUGGCAGCUGAAAUCAAGCCAGCGCCUCGCAAUGCGAACGAUCGUUUUAGCACAACAAACAAACCGGAAUUGUUGAGCAAAUUGGAAGGUACAGCGGACGAUAUAAAUGCAGCAAUUUUCAUAAAUGGUGAAGAUGGUGUUAUCAGUGUUUCAGAUGACAAAACGAUUCGUGUAUGGUUACGACGUGAUUCUGGUCAAUAUUGGCCGAGCAUAUGUCAGUAUAUGCCAUCGGGUUGCACAUCGAUUGAUUAUCAUUCGUUGACACGUAUGAUUUUUAUUGGGCAAGACAAUGGAACCGUCUCACAGUACACACUAUCAAAUGACUGCAACAGUUUGACUAUGGUUCGCGACUAUUUAGCGCAUCAAGCAAGAGUUACUGGUGUUUGUUUUGCAGCAAAAAAUGGUUGGAUUUUAUCGUGCGGAAAAGAUAAACUUUUCUCAUUUCACAGUACCGACACCACAAGCCGUCUCGGCGGCUAUACAUUCGAAUCAAUGUGUACAGCAAUACAAUAUGAUUCACAGGCGCAAUACGUAUUUGUGGGUGAUUCAGGUGGACAAAUUACGAUGUUACGGUGCGAUACUGGCGGUGCUCAAUUUGUGACCACCUUCAAAGGCCACACUGGUGCAAUUCGUUCAUUGAGUUGGGUUGCUGGGCCACAACUACUAUUCAGCGGAUCAUGUGAUCAAUCGGUUAUUGUAUGGGAUGUUGGUGGUCGUCGUGGAACUGUUUAUGAAUUACAAGGGCAUAAUAACAAGGUGUCAGCUUUGAAAUUCGCAAACACAACGCAACAGUUGAUAUCGGCUGGUGAAGAUUCGACGCUCGUUUUGUGGGAAAUGAAUGCAAUGCGAAAGGAGGUGUGUGAAUGGGUUGAAUCGGAUACAUGCCAAGUAUGUACUCGCCCAUUUUUCUGGAACUUACGUGCCAUGAUGGAUCAACGACAAAUCGGCAUUAGACAACAUCAUUGCCGUCAUUGUGGCCGGGCUAUUUGCGACAAAUGCUCGGGAAAUCGCAUUAAUAUUCCGAUAAUGGGCUUUGAAUUUGAUGUUCGAGUUUGUGAACCAUGCUUUAAUCAGCUGAAAACAUGCGAACGACCUUCGUUAGCGUCAUUCCAUGAUAUGAAACACAGCGUAGUUGGCAUGGAUUUGGAUGAAAGUCGCAAGCGUUUACUUACAGUCGGUCAAGAUCGUGUAAUUAAAAUUUGGGAUCUAACAUUGAUUUGGCCAUAGUUUUCUUCAUCAUUUUUACUUUAAAAUUGUGCUCUACAUUAUAAUUGCUUUUGCGUCGAUAUUGCCCCGAGAUUCGGAAUUGAUUAUUUCCAUACAAAAAAAAAAAACAAAAACAAUUACUAAAACCAAAAGAAAGCAACAAAUAUUUACAUCGAAAUUAAAAAAUGGGAAAAAUUUUGUGUCGUGCAUACAUUAUAAAAUACAUCUCAUUGCAGCGAUAUACUUAAAUUCAAAACAGAAAAAAAAACAACUCAUCACAUAUACAGAAACAAUUUGUGUUGCUGACUGAACUUAUCAUCUAAAAAAGUCUGGAAAAAAGUCCUCACGUAAAUAUCAAAAUCGUUGUUUUGAUUACGAAAAGAAAAUCAAUGUACAGAUAAAUGUGUAUCUCUCCUUGUGUAUUUGUGUAAAAAAAUAACAAUUUGGCUAACAUUUGCAUUCCUAUGAAAUAAAAAUAUAAAAAAUUAAUAACAAGAACUUUGCUAUUUGUGACCCAGUGGGAAAUAUGUAAAAAAAGGAAACUCUUCACACGAAGAUAGAUAGUUAAUUAAGAAAUUUAUGUAAUAAUUAUAAUUAUAUAUGUGAAAUAUUGAUGCAAUCAAAAGAAAAAUUCGAAUAUUUUCCACAGUUUUUUGGAUAAAUAUUUUCAUUUAUACUGCAUACGCGCUCUCAAUACUACGUGCAAAAUACACUUAUGUGAACACUACAAAAAAUGAUAUAUUUAGCCUAUAAGCGAAAUGAAAUACUAUAGCGAUUAUUCGGUUUGAUUCAAUUCAUACGGAGAUGUUGUUUUCUUUUGUUCGCCAAAUAUAUUCGUUGUCAAUAGCUCGUUCAUCUAACAAAAAACUGUAUAUCUUGUUGUUUACAUGAUUUUCUUUAUUUAUAUAAAAACGUUGAUUAAUUGAAGAACGAGACACAAAAUGAAAGAGAAUCUUAUGAUUUGCAAGGAGUCAAAAAAAAACAUCAGCUAGUAUAUAUUUCAGCGAUAUGUAGACUUAUACAGAGAGAUAGAGAGCGGCAAUGAAAGUAACAACAAAAAAGAAUUAAUAAAAUGAAUAUAUGUAUGAAAACA